CUGAAGAUAAAUUGUCUCAAUCGAUCGAUAGGGAGGUCUUCAACGGGAAAAUGGUGGAGAAGUUCAAACCGAAUAGUAGAGGCGUGAGAAUAAGUAACAGCGGGUUGAACGAAGAUGAACCAAUUCCAAAAAUUAAGAAACUGAGGGGCAACUUGUUC